AUGUCAUUCUUUAGAAGAUUGAAAAGGAAAAAGAAGGAAACAGUAAGGGAAGCUAUAGCGGAGGUUGGUCUCAGCGAUACAACGGGUCACAAAUACGGAUGCCAUAUUUUACUAGAAGACCCUGUACAGGAUAAAGUUGACAUUGUGUUUGUCCAUGGCUUAACAGGCGAUCGAGUUUCGACAUGGACGGCGUUAUCUGGAGCUCUUGGAAACAUAAGGGAGAGUACUGACACUAUGGAGUGUCCGAUAAUAUUUAUUGGACACAGUCUUGGGGGGCUAGUCAUCGAGGAUUGCUUAUUGAACUCAAAUACCAGCCAUGAAGACUACAUUAAGGAAAUCCUCAGAUCUACAACCGCUAUCGCAUUCCUUGGUACACCCCACGGCGGUUCAAAUCAGGCAGAAAUGGCUAUCAUUGGCGCAAACUUUCUAAAGCUCUUUAGAAACAUAAACAAGGACAUUCUCAUGUCAUUGACACCAGCCUCAGAAGCUCUGUCUAGGAUACAGCAAGACUUCCACAGAGUUGUAAAUGGUCUUCCAGACAGUCGAAAAAUAAAAAUCACUUGUUUUUACGAAGAGCUUCCUGUCAAAGGCAUUGGCGAGAUUGUUCCUAAGAACUCUGCAAUACUUUCAGCGGAAGAGUUGAAACGGAAUAGGGCUGCCACCAGUGCUCCCGGUAGCCAAAACUGUGUAGCAAGUGCUCAUGGAGUGGGACAAAAAGCGGUAGAAGCGACAAGCGACCGAAGGGAAGAUUCAAAUAGUAGGGUCGACCAAGUAAAGAAAGAACUAUAUUUAUCCGAUCCAGCAGACGACAAGGAAGAAAUUGUUGCAUACAAAGGAAAACGUUCAGAUGCCUUAACACGAUUCGUCAAAAUCGACCUCGACUUUAAAACCGAGAAGCUUCAGAACGACGUCUUCCGUUUCAUCGAUUUUGAGAUCGAACACCUAAGUGAAGAGAAGCCUUAUAUGGAUGUCGAGGAAGUACGAAAUACCUUGAAAGCAAAGGCCGAUAAUACGUUUCUAUGGGUGUCCUUGGUUAUGAAGGAGCUCAGAAAAGAUGUUACCAGCGGGGCUAUCAAAGCCAGAUUGAAGACACUCCCGCGUGAUUUAAAUGGCAUAUAUCAGAGACUGUUGAACGAAAUCCCUGAAGCCUCGCACCAGCACGCAAAGCAAAUCCUAAUAUGGGUCACCUUUGCAAAGCAACCACUCAACAUCAAAGGGCUGGCUACUGCAUUGUCAUUCGCCUCAGAUCUCCGUCAAUCCGUCAAUGAGUUCGAACAAACCUUGAAGGAUUUUAUUAGGGUGUAUAGUUCCCUGGUACAUGAACAGAAUGGAGUCAUCAACCUCGUGCAUCAGUCUGCUAAAGACUUUAUGCUACAAGAAUUUGACAGAGACACUCCAACCUGGUAUCAGUGCCCACCAGGAGAGGCGGAAAAAGAUCUCACGAACAUCUGCUUCAACUACAUGGAAAAGACACCCUUCACAGUCGAAAGAAGGACUAUUUUGAGCGACCCUGAGCUUACCCAUCAUCAGAAGAUGAUCCAUUUCUCUCGUAUGCGAUCAGGUUUUGGACAGCCCAUGCCAAACAAUCCGUGGAAACUGUUGAUCAAGUGUUUGACCUCAAAAGUCCGUUCUUUGAUGACAAUUCCACGAUUCGGAAUCCCUAGUCUUCUCCGAAAGUUGAUAAAUAGCGGGAGAGACAUCAACUCUAGCACUUGCGAGAUGAAGUAUACACCGCUGCAUCUGGCGGCUUACAGUGAGGAACCGGCCAUAGUAAGACUUUUGCUGGAUCAGCCAAGCAACAUCUGGAAUUGGAGAAGAUUAAAUAUCAACGCCAAGGAUGAAGGUAAUGAAACACCGUUACACGUGGCAAUUUGGUCCGAAUCCUACGCAGUGGCCAAACUGUUGCUAGAGGACAAAAGAAUUAAUCCUAUGGCAAAAGAUAACGAUGGAAGGACCCCACUGCAUCUUGCAGUAGAAUACGGAGAAGAAGAAACAGCCGCGCUACUGCUGGAGAAAGGAGUCGACCCUAUGGCAAAAGAUAACGAUGGAAAGACUCCGCUGCAUGCUGCAUGCGCAGCUUGGUGCCAGCAUGAGAAAAUGGUCACGCUGCUGCUGGAGAAAGGAGUCGACCCCACGGCAAAAGAUAGCGGUGGAGGACUCUGCUGCAUGCUCCAGCUCUAUACAAAAAUGCGGCAAUAG